AUGUUUGAAAAAACGUUUUUGUUUUCUUUAGUUUUAAUUGUUGCUUUUUUAGAUUAUAGUUCUGCUAAAGUCGCACCCGAUUACAUCAAAAUAUGUCCCGGUCUAAAGUCAGAUUGCUUAAAGAAAGUGGUACAAGAAACUUUACCGCUAUUCGCAAAGGGUAUUCCUGAACUGGGAGUUGCACCAAUUGAUCCGUUGAAACAAGAAGAACUUAAGCUGCUUCUGCCUGGAGGAUUCAAAGUGGAAUUCCGCAAUGGCACUGCUACUGGACUGAAAAAGUGCACCAUUGAUUCGGUAGUAUACCGAAACUCUGAAGCAAAUAUGAAAAUGCACUGUGAUUUAAGUGUUAAAGGAAAGUACAAGGCUAGCGGAAGAAUAUUGAUUGUAUCAAUCAACGGUGAUGGUGAUGCCAAAAUUAAAAUCAAAAAUGUUGCAUUGGAUGCCAAAAUUAAGUUCCAAGACGUUACUAGGAAUGGAGUGGUAUACCAUGAAGUGAAGACCCUAAAGAUUGACCAGAACUACGGAGACAAGAUAACUUUCAGUCUCACUAAUUUGUUCGAAGGAAACCCUCAACUGAGUGAAGCUGUGCUACAGUUUUUAAACCAGAAUUGGAGACAAGUAUCUGAGGAGUUCGGUAAACCUCUUGUUGACAAAGUUGUCGAUUUAGUUUCCAGUAUUGUGAAGAAGUUCUUUGAAGCAGUACCGAAAGAAGAACUGUUUGUCGAUUCGGAAUGA